UCUGCGCAGGGCAUGAUAUCUGUAAGUGAGAUCUGUUUCGCUGUCUUUUAACUCUCGAUCAUCGUCACACAUGGACGGGCUGCAUAUUUUUCUGGUCGUUUACUUAGGAGUUGUUUCUUGCAGUCAUGAUUUAGUUUCUGGAUCCAUGUUGAAGGUGAGAGUCAGACCAGGAGACAACAUCACUCUCUACUGUGACUGCAAAUUAUCAUUAGGAGUAUACAUAGUGUGGUACAGGAACUGCUCUCAUGAGAAUCAGCCUUCUCUUAUCCUUGAAGUACAAAAUUCAUUCCAGGAGAACACUGCCACUUGUGGUCUUCAGAAGAUUCCCCCUCGUUUCCAAUUCGUGAGAAACUUUUCUUCUAACUCCUAUGACCUGCUGAUCACGAACAUCACUGAUUCUGAUGAGGGCCUCUACUUCUGUGGAACUAAGCAGACAAGAGUGGAGGAUAAAGAAUACAUUACUCAUAAAUAUGUUUACAGAUAUGGCAACGUCACAACAAAGAUCAUAUUGGAUUCAGACUCCUGUGUGCCUCAGCAUGAGACUCCACUCAUGCAAGACUGUGGUGUGUGCUGGACGCUGCUGUUCUCUCUGUGUCCAGCUUUCGCUGUUCUCUCCUCUCUCCUCUCCGGUUUUCUGGGUUAUCACCUCUGUCAGAAAAAAGCUAAAGAACCUGAAGCUGAUCAGCAAAGACCUCAAACAAGACUGAAUCAGGAUGAAGAUGUGUGUUAUGCUGCAGUGGAAAUCCGUCAAGUGUCACAGAGACCAAAGAAGAAGAAAACCCAGAGUUCUGACUUCUGCACAUAUUCUGCCAUCAAUACAUCUAGGAUGUAGAGAGCCUAAAGAACAGAAAAGAACAAACAUAAUACAUUGUGUAAUGAUGAUUAAUGAUGAAUUGUAUAAUUAAUUCGGGAUAAGUAUAGACAAUUCUGUUACUUAUCGCA